AUGAAUAGAAAAUUCAUAGGCCUUAACAUCAAAUUUGUCCUGGUGGAGUACCAGGAGAAUUCCAUCAAGGAGAACGGCGUCCCUGAAGCGCGCGCAGGGACCCUAAGGAACGCCACAAGGAGGCCGGUUCUUGACAGGGUGCUGGAGUGUCCAUUUGGCGACAAUUUUCAGCCCUCCGGAAAGGUUGAAUCCAGCGCUGUUUUCGCGAGCGAUGCUCUUCAGUCACACAUUGCCGGCCAUAUGAAGGAAAUUGCCCUGCUUACACUACAAAAACUCCCCAGCGACGGUGACGAAAACGCAGAAAACAUUGAUAGCGACCAACCGUUAGUAGACGAUGAUGGUCCGGCCGGGACUUUUGGGGCAAGACGUGUAUCUAUGUACAGCGUGUUGGAUGAUGAGGACCUGGACCUGGAUUUCCAAGACGGCGUCGCUGAGGCUGCAGCUGCAGAUGGUAGUGUGGGACACCGCGAAGAGGAUGACAUCAAUGCACAAGUGACAGAACUCGACCUAGAGGACAGAGACGACUCGGGGAUGACGAAGCUUCACCACGCGGUGCUGGCUGGCGAUCCGGGUUUGAUUGACUCCUUAAUUCUGGGCGGUGUAAAUGUCAAUGCCAGGGACGAAUAUUGCCAAACACCCCUGCAUUACGCGGUAGAGAGGGGCUUCAACCAGUGCACGGAAAUGCUGAUCAGGCACGGCGCGGACGUAGAAACCAUUGACAACGCCGGAUUUUCCCCGCUUCUCUGGGCUGUGGUUGCUGGGCAAGAAGGCACCGCUUCGAAUCUAUUGUCCAUUGUUGGCGAUUCCAAUCCAUUUAGCGCAGAUGGAAAGUCUGCACUCGCUUGGGCAGCUAGUCUUGGAUGGACAUGGAUUGCUAAGACGCUUAUUGGACACGGUGCCAGCAUAUCUGGUUCCCUAGAUACGCAGCGGACCCUGCCUUUGGAAGAAGCCGCAGCCUCUGGCGAUCUUAACACUGUUCAGUUGCUCCUCGAAUUUGGUGGAGAUCCGAACCAUCGUAAUCGCGAUGGGUGGUCCGCGAUACAUUGGGCAGCAGAAGAGGGCCAUCUGGAGAUCGUGCGUAGGUUGCUGCAAACUAGGGCCAACGCCGAUGCCGUCAGCUUUUACGGUACAUCACCGUUACACUGCGCUGCAAACGGAGGACAUGCUCCCAUUGUGAACUUGCUCCUCAACUAUGGCGCUGAUCCACUCAAGGCAACAUGCCACGGCUGGACUGCGCUGCACCACGCUGCCUUCAUGGGCCACUCUCAUGUCGUCCGGUGCCUGUUGGACGACGAUCGUGUACGACUCACUGCCUCAAAACAGGACAACCAUGGCUGGUCUGUUCUUCAUUUAGCCGUCCACAGUCGAAAUCUCGCCACCGUCCGUAUCCUGCUCGACAAAUCUGUCAUUGCAGAGCCUCAAACCCUACUUGACAUGAGCGGCCUCACUGCAGAGGAAUGGUUGAAUCGCGAGGUGACAACCUAUUCCCAGAGAGCCAUCGGCAACUUAGCAUUCACCAAGUCGCGCUGUUGCCGAGCCGCCACAGGCCUUCGCCAGGCUGUCACCAUAGGCAACGUCCCCCUGAUCGGACUUCUAAUCAGACUGGGCCAUGGCAUCAACGGUACGGACUCCGGAAGGAGGACUGCGCUCUAUUACGCCGCGAAGAAGGGCAGGCCAUCCAUUAUGGACCUUCUUCUCGACCUGGGCGCAGACCCCAACAUUCUCCCAGUGGGGCGGAAGAGCUGGGAAGAGUUCAUUAUGUCUGUUGACAUUUUACAGCGGCUCAAGCGAGCAGGAUACCGCAAGCAAGAUACCGACCCUGAUGAUGACAACCAGAUUCGCCAGGCAUUUUUAUUGCAAAGCCAGCCACCUAUGCCCAAUCAACCAGGCGAGUUCGUAUCGGACGAAUCGACACCGCCAAUGUUAGUUAGAUCUCUCCUCAACGGACCAGCCCGUCCGCCCGCACCAGUUCUAGCUUCGCCAACGUCACGUUCUCCAGAUCAUUCAGCUUCAAGUAGACGGACUCGCUCGCCAGCGCCUUCGAGCCAAACAAAUAGCCAUAAGCGUAAGGAAAGAUCAAGCCGGUCAAGUUGGUGGAGACGGUUUCUAGGUUGA